CAGGAAGCAGGAAGUGCACACACAAACAAGCUCGUAUCUCUGUCACAGGACUUGAGGAGUAAGGCUGACAGAGUAAACACAGUGCUGGGGUCAAAAUGGCUGGCAGGCUCUCACUCCCACAGGUGGACCUCUCCUGUCCUAUAUGCUGUGACAUCUUCAGGGACCCGGUGGUCCUCAAGUGCAGCCACAGCUUCUGUGCAACCUGUCUGCAGUCGUACUGGGGUCGAAGGGGAAACAACCGAGACUGCCCUCUGUGCAGAAGCCAGUCCGUGGAUGAUCCUGUGCCCAGUCUUACUCUGAGGAACCUGUGUGAGUCUUACAUCCAGGAAAGUGAGGGUCUGGAGGAGACGGACACAGCAGGAGAGCUGUAUUGUGAUCCAGGGGAGAUGUGCCCUCUUCAUGGAGAAAGGUUGAAGCUCUUUUGCCUGACAGACAGAGAGGCCAUCUGUGUGGUUUGCCACACCUCCAGAAAGCACAAACAGCAUGAUUGUUGCCCCGUCAGCGAGGCUGUUAUGGAUGUAAAGGAGAAAAUAAAGACUGCGCUCAGCUCUCUACAGGAGAAGAGGGAUGCUUUUGACAAAAUGAAGAAAAACUAUGAGGACACUGUGGUGCACAUUGAGGUCCAGGCUCGAUUUGUGGAGAGGCGGACCCGCGAGGAGUUUGAAAAGCUGCAUAACUUCCUCCAGGCCGAGGAAGAGGCCAGGAUGGAGGUGCUGAGGAGGGACGAAGAGGUGAAGAGUCAAGCCAUGAGGCAGAAAAUUGAAGAAAUGACCAGAAAUAUAGCGUCUGUGUCUGAAUCCAUACAAGCUUUAGAGGAGGAGAUCGCCUUGGAAGGCAUCUCUGUGCUUCAUCGAUGCAAGAGCACGCAAGCAAGAGCUAACUGCUCAGUUGAAAAUCCAGUUAUGGCUCCAGGAGCGCUCAUAGAUGUGGCCAAAUUUCUGGGCUCCCUGUCGUUCAACGUAUGGCGGAAGAUGCAUGAAAUUGUCGAAUACACUCCAGUGACUCUUGACCCCAACACCGCCGCCCCGUGGCUCAUCUUGUCAGAGGACCUCACCAGCAUCUGUGACAGUGAGGAGAAGCAGAAGCUGCCUGACAACCCAGAGAGAUUUGACCCAGACACUGCCGUUCUGGGCCGCCCUGGUUUCACCUCCGGAAAGCACGUGUGGGAAGUGAAUGUGGGAGAAAAUACAGCAUGGGUGGUCGGUGUGGCGAAAGAAUCUGUCGAGAGGAAAGAGAAGGUGUCUUCAGUGCUGAAGAACGGCUACCUGUCCGUGUACUUUUACCACAAAAUGUACUUUGCAGGGACCUCACCGUUGACAAGGCUGAACUUGAAGAGGAGCCCGAAGAAGAUCAGAGUGCAACUGGACUUUGACAAGGGCAGGGUGUCUUUCUACGACCCGCAUGACAACACACACAUCUACACCUUCAAGCAUGCCAUCACUGAGAAAGUCUUUCCUUAUUUCUGGGUGGGUUGUCAGCAGUGUCCUUUGAAGAUUGAACCACAGGAAAUUGUUAUAAAAGCUAUUGAUAAUUGCUGAGAGCACAUUCAUACUUCACAACUCUUCAGCACAAAACUACCAGGAACUGUUUGGGAUUUAAUUAUGUUGAGUGGAGUGCUCAGAAUCUAAAAAUCAAAUUGGAUAAUUUCUGCAUUUUCUUUGCGGUCCCACUAAAAUAUCUUUCAACUUUUUUUUCUGAUUUUCAGUAAUAAAUCACCUUAUUUGUACUUUAACUUGAUUCCUGCACUUUGAUACUUUAAAGAGAUACUAAUUCCUUAAAAGGUCUUGUCUGAGAUAUUGAUACUAAAGAGAAUGUAACAGAAUAUUAAUAAUAUUUGACAGCAUAUGCUUGAGAAAAUCACAGUAGAAAAAAACCCCAGCUAUUAUUGAAUAGUUUGAAAAAUGAUUCUGCAUUUGCAUGUAAAGCUCUUAUUAUUGAUUAUUUUAUGGAGCCCAAUUUUGUUAAUAACUGAUCUGUGGCAAACAACACUAAGUUGGCUUUAUGUGCAAAUGCUGACGUUACUAAUAUUUUUGCAUUAAUGUAAAAUAAAUCAUUUGUAAAUAUGUCUUCCCUCAGUGGUGUGCCUACUGCAAGUUCAGUCCAUAGUACAGACCUAUAGUAAUAAAGAUAUUUUGCCAAAAAACAAACACACAAAAAACAGUGAAUUGAUGCUUUAUAUUAAAAGAUUCUGGAACACUGUAUGUAUAUGGUAAGAGGUUUACUGUUGGUCACCUUAUUUUUAGUUUACAGUACAUAAGUUAAUUCCAUAUGAAAUUAGCACAUGUAAAUAUUCACUCAUCGUUGACAUUUCAGUAGAUAAAACUACAUGAAUACAGGAUAUGGCCUCAUCAGCAGUAAAUAUUUCACUUAAAUUUCUAGUAUCUAUGAAAACUUACUUCUCACCAGUUUUUCCCCCUUCACACACAAAAAAGCGUCUCUAAUUUUAUUUUUUUUAUUAAUAGAAUUUGUCAUACUAAAUUAUUCAGAAUUUGUGUAAAAGUGUGUAAAUAGUGAAUGUAAAUGUUGAGUGUAAAUGCUGAAUUUGUGUAAAUUCUGAAUCCCUUCAUGAGGAUCUCAACGUUGCCUUAACAAU